AUGGCUCCCAAAAACAAGGAGCGCAGUGGCUCGCCCAGCCGGAUCAACGAUGCGCGGUUUGCCAAGUUCGAGAGCGACCCACGGUACCGACUGCCGUCGCGGCGUGACGCGAAAACGAAGCUUGACAAGCGGUUCAGUCGGGUUUUGAAAGACAAGGAGUUUACGGCCACAACACAGAUUGACCGGUAUGGGCGUAAGCUCAAGUCGGACAAGAAAAAGAAGGCGCUGGAGCGUCUGUACGAGGCGGCGGACGACGAAGAGGAGGAUGACGAAGACAGCGAGGACGAUACCAAGUCCGCGUCAAGCAAACCAAGCAAGCCGUCCAAGAUGGCACGCGCAAACUACGACGCGGCACGAGGCGGUGGCUUCUCGGCAUCCGAGUCCGAGUCUGACGAGGACGACGAGGACGACGAUGAUGAAUCAGACGGCGAGCGUUUUGGUGGCGAGGACGACGCGGACGACAGCGACGAGGCGGCUGUCGACACGCAGCAGUUCCGCGAGGAAGAAGCGGAGGUGCCGACGGGCGAGAUCACACACCGGCUGGCGAUUGUCAACCUGGACUGGGACCACGUUAAGGCGCGGGACCUGAUGGCAAUGUUUGCGAGCUUUGUGCCCAAAAACGGACGGGGACGGAUCGAGCGGAUCUCGGUGUACCCCUCGCAGUUUGGCAAGGAGCGGAUGCAGCGGGAGGAGCUGGAGGGCCCGCCGAGAGAAAUCUUUAAAGCAAAGGACAGCGACGAGGAGGAGGAUGACGACGAGGAGGGAAGCAAAGACUCCGAGGAUGACGACGACAGCGACGAGGACGACGACGACGAGGAUGAAAAGGUGAAACAGGACCUUCUUCGUGAAGAGGACGACACGGACUUUGACAGCAACGCUCUGCGGUCGUACCAGCUGGACCGGCUGCGCUACUACUAUGCGGUGAUGGUGUGCUCGGACACGGCGACGGCGGAGGCAAUUUACCGGGCCACGGACGGCACCGAGUACCAGUCGUCGUCCAACUUUAUCGACUUGCGGUUCGUGCCGGACGACACGACGUUUGACGACGACGAGCCGCGGGACGAGUGCACCGAGGUGCCCACCAACUACAAGCCGGUGGAGUUUGUGACGCAGGCGCUGCAGCACAGCAAAGUCAAGCUGACGUGGGACAUGCACCCCGAAGACACGUCGCGCAAGGACCUGAUGAAGAAGGCGUUUUCGGGCACGCCGGCGGAGCUGAUUGAGAACGAUCUGCGCGCGUACCUGGCGAGCGACAGCGACGGCGAGGACGGCUUUGAGGACGAUGGAGAGGAGUUUGGUGGCGUGGAGGAGAACGGCGACGACAAGGAGGGCGGCGGAGGAGAAGGAGACGAUGCCGACGAGGACGAGGAAAAAGAGAAACCUGCCAAGCUGAGCAAAAAGGAGCUCGCACGCCAAAAGAUGCGCGCCGCGUUGGGCCUGGCCGAGGAGCCGGCCAAGAAGAGCGGCAAAGACAAAAAGAACGGCCCUGUGGGCGGCAUGCAAAUCACAUUCACCCCCGCACUCUCCGACGCCGCGGCUGCCAAGAAAAAGUCUGGCGGCGCGGACGGCAGCGAAGAGACGACACUGGAAAAGUACAAGCGCAAGGAGAAGGAGCGCAAGGCCCUGCGCAAGCAGAAGGCGAUUGCCAAGCGCGAGGGCCGUGAUCUCAACGCAGAUGCCGAGGCAGAGAGCGAUGUGGAGGAGGAUGGAGGCCGCGCCGAGGGCGGCGACGACCAAGACCUUGGCUUCAAUGAUCCGUUCUUCCUGGACGAUGCUCCGGGCGCUUUCGGCGCGGCCGGCGGCGCGGGCGCCUCCAAGUCGGCCAUCCGCAAGGAGGAGCGCCUGAAGAAGCGGGCGGCGCGCGAGGCCGCGGCCAAGGAGAAGGAAGCGUCGCGGGCGCAGCUGGAGGCGCUGAUGGGCGACGACGGCGAGGAAGCGCGUGGCAGCGCCGGCCACUUUGACAUGCGCGAGGUGAUGAAGGCCGAGAAGCAGCGGCAAAAGGAAGCGCGCAAGAAGAACCGGCGCAACCACAACCGGCGGCAUGACGGCGAGGACGAUGCCGGUGAGGCAGCCGGCGGCGCCAGCGCCGCUGCUGCCAUCCACGGCGUGGACGUGGCAGAUCCGCGUCUGGAGGCGGUGUUUGCUGGCGGCGAGUUUGCCAUCGACCCGUCGCACCCGCAGUACAAGGACACGCUGGGUCUGGAACAGAUGCAGAACGAGGCGCGACGGAAACGCAAGGGCGGCGAUGGCGAGGAUGGUGGUGGCGCUUCGUCCAAGUCCAGCAAGAAGGCCAAGACCAACUCGACCCGCAGCGACGAGCUGGCCGACUUGGUCAAGUCCGUCAAGAGCAAGGCGAAGAAGGCGGCGUUGUGA